AGUUAACAGGAAACUACACUUCCCAUGAACCCCUGCGAGCUAUUGCUUCACCACUUUCGUACCCGAGUUGACUAUUCUUACAAAUUCCGCCUCAUGGAGCUUUUUAUUAUUUAACAUCACUCACUGCUGCCGAGAUGGCGGAAUCUGCGUCCUGUCCGGUGUUUCAGCUGGGAAAACCGCGUUACGAGCAGAGCACAUUUCUUGGCAGGUUGAGACAUUUCAUUGAUAUCAUCGAUCCUUCCACUUUGUUUGUGACAGAGAGUCGUUUAAGAGAAUGUAUCAAACUCCUGGAUGAUUUCAAGCAAGGGAAUCUUCCUCCAGGAAUUACAGAUCACCAGCUGUGGGAGGCUCAGAAGGUGAAGCAGGCCAUCAUUCACCCCGACACCGGGGAAAAGAUCUUCAUGCCUUUCCGCAUGUCAGGAUAUGUGCCGUUUGGAACGCCAAUCGUUGUUGGUCUUCUCCUUCCAAACCAGACUUUGGCCUCUACAGUGUUCUGGCAGUGGCUGAACCAGAGUCACAACGCUUGUGUGAACUACUCCAACCGCAAUGCCACAAAGCCAACACCAACCUCAAAGUUUAUUCAGGGAUAUAUGGGUGCCGUCACCAGUGCUGUUUCUAUUGCAGUGGGACUGAAUGUACUUAUCGAGAAAUCCAGCAAAUUUAACCCUGCCACCAGACUGUUCAUACAGAGGUUCAUCCCGUUCCCUGCUGUUGCCAGUGCGAACAUCUGUAACGUGGCUCUAAUGAGACACAACGAGCUGUCUGAGGGAAUAGAUGUGCUAGACCGCAACGGGAAUGUAGUGGGAUCCUCACGGAUAGCUGCCAAACAUGCACUGAUAGAAACAGCACUAACUCGAGUAGCGCUACCACUGCCAAUCUUCGUCCUUCCACCGAUCAUAAUGGCCUUCUUGGAAAAGCUUCCUCUGAUGCAGGCCCAUCGCAGGAUGAUGCUGCCUGUACACAGUUUAGUAUGUCUGGCCGUCUUUGGUCUGUCCUUGCCGCUGGCGAUCAGUCUCUUCCCACAGAUGUCAGAGAUCGAGGCAUCUCACCUUGAGCCGGAAAUUGCCAUGGCAACGGAUUGCAAGGUGUUGACUUACAACAAGGGACUGUGAUAAAAGAGAGAAGUUUAAUCAGCUGUCUAAGAUUGCCAAGGAUGUGUAGGAUAACAGGUGCAAACUGUAUUGAGGAGAAAACUGUAUUCUGAGCAAUAGUAACCAGCUAACCUUUUUUUCUAACCGCUGAGCCAUUCAGAGGCAUCAUGCCCAUUCAGAGUGAUGGGGGCACGUGCUCCCUCAGAUUUCUGAGCCAAGUCAAUUUUGAAAGCAGCUUCCUAAAGACAAAAAACAGGCAAAUAAUAUUUUUUAUAUUUGAUCAAUUUACACCGGUGUGAUUAGAUCAUUCAGUGCAGCUACAUUAAAAUCUGUGCUCGUGCUUUGGCUGGCACUGAGCCAGAGACAGAUGCGUUUGUACAGCGCUGCAUUAUAACCAGUCGCACACCAUUCUGUUGAGCUUAUGAAUGCAUUGGCCAAUCAGAGACGUUCAGAUGAGUCCUUGCCUGAAUGCGGUGUUUUGUUCACUCGCUCGCUGACUGAAUUCAAGAAACAACAAAGUGCAGAUGUGAGAACAAGAUCUUCAUUUCACAGUGCAAAAAGCUUCAGUGAUUUAAAUGGGAGUUUUUGAGAGUGCCUGAUCUCUGGCUAGACUGAAUGAAAAUGUUCUUUGAUCAUUUAAAUGCUCUUUGCUCUCUGUAAAAUAAAUGUUAUAAUUAACAACUUUAAAUAUAUAAUUAACGUUAAAUACAAAGUGAAUCAUAUUAAAAAUAUUUUAAGGCAUGACACCCAUAUCUGGGACGGGUUUUUAUGGGUAGUUAAUAGAUUGAAGUAUUAGUCUACUUUGCCCAUCACAAAUUAUAGAUCAAGUAACAAACUAUAAAGGUGAAAAACAAUAAGAUUCACUCGUGCGUGCCCCCUCAAAAAUCAUGAGUGCAUGACACCACUGGAGCCAUUUUUCAGUUUUACAGAACUGUUUAUAAAGUAAUAAUUACUGUAUUUACCAUUUUACUGACAACUUUGACAGGGAGGAAACAUGGCCUUAUAUUAAAUGAUUUUAUAUAUUAAUAUUAUAUUCAUGUUGAUUAGACAAAUUAUGAAUAAUGAAUAGUUGGUGGUGUUUUAAAUUUUUAAUUAUUGUAUUAUUUGAAUGCACUAAUGAAAAUGUAAUUGCAGUUAACGUUGUGUUUAGUUGCAUGUCACACUUACUUUCCAAAUCCCUGAAGAAGAAAAAAAAAUGUUAUGUGUACUUGUACAGAGUUUUAGUCCUUAAGUAUUAACAUUUAAAAACUAUUUCUACUGCAAUAUGGAUACACAAAUAUAUGUUUGAAAAUUUUA